AUGACGGCGCGAACCAGAUCCGCAAGGACCACAAGAACAUGUAAUGCUUACUUGGAGUGUCUCAAUCGCUUGCGAUCGAUCGAGGAAGACGCUGCAUUUGUGAAAGAGAUCGCCGCCCUUUUCCCGUCCCUCCCUUUACACAAGGUGCAUUCAGUGUACUUCAAGUCCACCGAUGGCCAUAUGGGACAAUGGGAUUUCAAUAUGCGUCGAAGUAACUUGCAUCUUUUGGAUAUCCUUGGAGAACAUGGCGGUUGCAUCAUUGUCGAUUCGACACGACGUGGAAAGCGUAUACCUGAUUCCUUAUCCAAAACCAUCCCCAUCUGGUGUAGUACCUUUAACCGGGCCAUUGCCAAGCAUAUCAACCUUUCUUGGGAUACCAGCUUUCAUUCAUUACCAUCCGCUGUAUCACGCUCUGAACAUGCACAAAUUGAAGCAAGGAUAGAUGAAUUUGCACAACGUUUACUGCGAUCAGGCACGAUUGAUAUGGAUCGUAUAUCGAGCAUGUUGAAGAAGCCGUUACGACCUCUUUGGUAUACACCUCAAUCAUCCAUUUUUAUCAACGAUCUACCCAAUUUCGAGGAGCUACCUUUUUGGCCGGUGAUAUGCCUUAGUGCAUCUCAAGCAGUGGAAUCAGGAUGUCAAGCUCGUCCAGGUUAUCUCUAUGUGCAAGGAUCAGGGGAUGAUCAAGAAGCUUGGUGUCAUGGAUUAACACCUCGCCUUUUUUGGCAAAAUCGUGCCUUGCUCUUGGGAUCGGGUAGCGCAGCCGAAUGCGAGAAACAUGCACGUCAGCUUGCAAGAAGUAAUGACGCGGAGGAGGAAGAAUCAUCAUCAUCAGCAUCAGCAUCCUCUUUCAACUACAUUGGGCAUACGAAUAUAGCUAUUGGAUCACGAUUGAGUGGCAAACCUCCAAGUUGUUGGGAUACAUUUGACGUGGUGAUCAACUGCACGCCCUUGGAGUAUGAAGACAACCGAAAACACAAAGGAUAUUAUUUGCAAUUGCCUAUUCCCGAAGGUAAAAGGGGACAACAAGCCUUAUUCGAGUCGAUCCCAACUGCACUUGCUUUUGUUCAUGAUCAUUUGGUGAAAAAUCGGCGUAUCCUUAUUCACUGUGCAAAAGGACAAGAUCGCUCCGUGGGUAUUGCAUUAGCCAUCUUUGUCAAUUAUUUCGAUCUUCAAGGCAAUCUUUCUGCAGAACAAAAGCCAUAUGUGAACAAGGAAAUCAUCCAGGAACACCUUAUGAGGAUCAUUAGUAGUCGCCCUAAAGCUUCCCCCUCUCGUGCAACGUUAAAGAAAGUAAACACUUUUUUCAUGAGCUGA